CGCAUGCGCGCAAGAAUUGUAAACAUGAACAAUUAAUUUGGAGGAUGAAACACUCGUACACUCCUUUAGCAAACGGAAUGGAAAACGACCCCGAGGUUGCAUUUAGUGUCAAUCGGAGAGACAUCGAAUCGACAGAGAAUCAUUGCAAGAUGACGAAUGGAAAUGGAAUCGAACCCAAAAGAAUGAGAUACCCAUUUUGCGUUGUUUGGACGCCAAUCCCCUUUCUAACGUGGUUAUUCCCAUUUAUUGGUCACAUGGGUAUUGCAACGUCACAGGGAAUCAUCAGGGAUUUUGCUGCUCCAUAUUAUGUAUCGGAGAAUGACAUGGCUUUUGGCAGACCUACCAAAUACUGGAUUCUGGAAUCGUCACAAGCUAAACCAGGAACAUGGGAUACGUCUGUACAUGAAGCCUCAGAGGAAUAUAAAAAUAGAAUGCAUAAUCUCUUUUGCGACAACUGUCACUCACACGUUGCGAUGGCUCUGAAUCUUAUGAAGUAUAAAGGCAGUACAUCAUGGAACAUGAUUAAACUUUGCUUCUUGAUGCUCAUUUAUGGAAAAUAUGUUGGAUUUGGUGGAUUUUUAAAGACGUGGCUGCCUGCAGUUAUCCUGUAUGGGACCAUAAUCACCCUUGUUCUUGUCUUUAUUUAGAUCCUUAAAAGCACAUUGUCGUUAGUUUUCACAGGAAUUUGCCCCCUUUGGAUGCUUAAUCUGUAAAAACUGAUAUCAAUCAUGCAGAUUUAUAACCAGUAGAUAUUGUGUAAUGCCACUGGAAAUUGCCUUUUGGUAAAUUCAAAACCUCACUUUCCCUGGCCUGGCAGUUAAUGCAGGCUUAGCAGGCUUGGCCAAAGAAUUUCUCACGGGUUCACCAAGUUUGCUUUGCCCCCCAAAAUCUCUAUUGCAGGCCUUUCCAAUGCCUAUUUUUUCUUUUCAUUUUCAGAUUUGGUGGGAUCAGCAAAAAAAAAUUUACUCCCCUUAAAAGCUGAUCUUUGCACAUAUGACUCUGACUCUUUCAAAAUCCUCACAUCUGCAACUCUGUAUUUUUUCUCACAUACACUAGUUAUAUUUACUUGUAUUUUCAUUAAUACAACUGUAGGCUAUGUAAAUUCAUGGUACACUACAAGAUUAAGAAGUUCCAACAUGUUUACUGUAAUGUCUCUCUGGUAGGAAGUGAAUGUUUUCCCAGUUAUAAAAUCAGGAAAUUCACAAUAGUAUCACCAUUCUGAAAUAGUUAUAGCAUUCAUAGUAAAUGCAUUAUGCAUCCCCAUAAGUCACCUUCAGUGGUGGAUCAAGGGGGGGGGGGCACAUCUGGCCCAUGCCCCCCCCCUCUCUUUGAGAGCCAUAAUCAAUAAU